AAAUAUUUAAUUAAUAUACUGUAUUAGUUAAACGUGUGAGAGCGCGCAAUACAAGUUUAUUUAUAAAUGCAAAUACAAGUUUUAUUUAUUAAGACAAUUAAAUAAUAAUCGCUCCUUUAUAAUAAAGCUUAAACUUAAUGUCGGAGAGAAAGAGAGAGAAAUAAUUUUUUCUUUCAUUAUACAAACAUAUAUUAAAUUAUAUAAUAAUGUAAUAAACCUUUGGCCGGUCAUUCACUGAUAUAUUUUAUCCUGUUCAUAGACAUACGUAACAUAGUAGUAUUAUUAGAUUGCGUGAAAAGAGAAAAAAUAACAUGUAUAUACAUAAAUCACAUAAAUCAAUUUAUAUAUGCGACGGACGCGCCCGAAUAAACAUAAGCUUGAAUAAGCAUACAAUGAAUGUAACAUAUGCAUAGAGCAGCAUGCUUGCGAUCCUCUUCGUGAUAAAACGCUGGAAGAUAGUAGCUUUUGAAAGAAUACAGAGAGAAGAAGAGUAGUAACAAGAGGAGGAAAGGAGAAUUGGCUGAGGCAGAAAGAUAUGUGCGCAAUUUAACGGGGAUUACGAUCUUAGCCACUUAGAAAAUCGCGGUAAUAAUCGGCGGGUCCCAAGAGCGGGCCUCGUUCGCGAGCCGGGUCUUCUCUGGCGCGCCUCAAGACGGGUCUCGAGCGAGCCUUAAUCGAAUCUCGGGCCUCGGCAGCUGCUAGUCUAGUGUACUAAGUCAGUUCCGACGUGGAGCGCGAACGACUAAGGCUAAUCCUAAGAGAAUCCGACGCUGCGGGCAGCACUUCGACGUGCAAGGUAGCAGCGACUGGAAAUGAUGGGAAAGCCAUUGCACUGGAUCGUUGUAUUGCAGCUGACGUUUACGUACGCUUAUAGGUACGAUCCUUGGUAUCGCGCGGACACGCAGCGUCCGGUCGAUGUGAUCACCGAUGUCAUCAAUGAUCUCGGGUUAAAGAUUCUUCAGCAGUACUCGGCUCACGGAAACGUAGCAUUCUCACCUACGGGGGUCGCCUUCGUAUUGGCAGCGCUCUAUGAAGGAUCCGCCGGUAGGGGAUGUCAACAGAUCGUUGAAACCAUAGGAUUGCCAUCCAGGGAUGUUAAUAGGAUUGGUUUCAGAGAUAUUCACCGACGAUUAAGAAGUUACCUCAAUGCUGACGGCUUUUUGGGCGGGUUGACGCUAAGCAGGGAGAACACCAAACUCCGUCCCGAAUACGAAGAUAUUUUGAGAUUUUACGGCUUUGAUCUGUCGAGUAUCGAGCAAGAAGCGAAUGUUACUGUCAAUAUGGGAGUCUCUUCGGAUACAACUAAAUUUCCGAUGUCCACUGUUAGUUCAACGAUUCCAAUAGAGACGAUAGAUACUGGGAAUGAAGACGCUACGACGAUAACAUUAACUAUUACAACGCUUUCUUCAGAAACAACAAUUACUCCAGCCACUGCAAUGGACAUUACUCAACAAAGCGUCACGACAGAUGCAGUCGACCUACAAUCGAUUACAGUCGCAAGUUCCGAGUCAGCUGUUCUAAGUACGUCGCCGGCAACAAGUUCUUUACCUGCGAUUAUUUUCGGCGAAAAUAUCCAACCAGCAUCAACGACAGUCAUCACGGAUAGCCAAACAAAUCCGACUACAGUUCUUGUCGCGACUGACCAGAGUCCGCAAGAUAUUUCGACAGUCGCUACCGAGGAUGUUGGAACAGAUGAAACCGUCGCCAAAAUCAUCGUUCCUAAUGCCGCUAUGGAGAAUGUAGAAAAUCCUAAUGCGAAUAUUCAAGUACCGCAUGGCCUAGAUACAACAACGGCGGUUAAUGCAAAUACGAUGAGUGACGAGAUACCGACAAAUAUUUCGCCGACUACGAUCACUGCGAUUGUUGUCGAUGCGACGCCCGUUAAUAAUAUAUCUGAAAUCGAUGCGAAUACCGUUACCUCGAAUUCGUUAAUUCCCACGAUAUCGAUGUCUUUAUCCAGCGCUACAAACUCUACUCCGAGUCCCGUUACCAAAACUAUGACGGAUAACAGUGUUUUUUUACAAUCGAGUAGGAUAUUGGUAGAGGCUCUUUCAACCAGAAAUACUACUCCAAAGAUAAUUACUCCUAUGCCUGAUCUCACAAUGCCAGCAAUCAUCGAUAUUGAUGACGAUGUCACAACGAUGACAAUAUCAUCUAUUCAAGCGAUAAACACGACAACUCCGCCCGAUCUCAUCGGAAAUUUGAGUAACUCCGCCAAUUUGAUGGACGAUCAGGUGAUUGCAUCAAUGAAAGGGACUACUAUAUCAAUGAAUCAAAAGAAGAACAAAUCGGAAUCAGAUUUGAAAGUUGUAAUGAAUGAUGAUACCGUUAAAGAUGAAUCGACAUCGCCGAAUUUACGCGAACGCAAAGCGAGGAGUCCACGUGGAUACUUCUCUAGCUAUCCAGACGAAGGUAUCUGGAUGCAAAACUUAGAAAUUUGGAAAUCGUACAGCGCGAUAAAUCCGGACGAAUCGCCCGUCGGAGAUUCUACAGCGGAGAUAUCGUUUCUGGUGAACGGUUGCGAUGUUUCCUCAGUAUCGGCCUCGAGAUACAUCGCUGUGUUACCUUUUGCAUACUUCCCAUCGUUGCACGCUGUCGCGGUCGAGUUUCCUCUGGACGAUCCCCGGUACAAUAUAAUUCUUCUUAUGCCGACGGAUAAAACGGGUACGCAUCGUCUGGCAAGAGAUCUCAGCGGGAAGUCAUUGAGAUCGUUGAGGAAGCGAUUACAGCCUGCUUGGGUCAGGGCCACGAUACCUUCGUUCAUGCUACGCGGUUUCAUCACUCUGACGUCAUUUCUGCAAAGGUUGGGAAUCGUGGACGUGUUCGAACCAAGAUUGGCCGAUCUCUCGCCCAUGACACCCGAUCUUGGUAUAUAUGCCCGGGAUGUGCAACAGAGUAUAGGGGUCAAUAUAAGAAAUUAUAUGAGUCCCGACCGUACCCAUUCUCGUGAGUCGUCUAAUGUCGUUCCACCUCGAAGGGAUUAUUAUCGAUACUUGCCUCCAGGUAACGGUCUGUUUGAAAGAGCCGGACCUAUACCUUUUACAGCUUUGCAUCCCUUUCUUUAUUUCAUCGUCGACACCGAGACUUCGGUGAGUCUAAUUGCCGGUCGAGUGGACGAUCCGCUUAAUUCCAGAAUACUGUAGACAUGUAUAAU